AUGGGAUCCAGAGCAGGAAUUUGUUUGACUUCUCCCUCCAAAGAACACACCCCCAGGUCUCUUUGUUUCCAAUUCCCCUAUUCAAAUAGUGAAGCAGAGUAUGAAGAGCUAUCCCACAGACUGAACCUUACUAAGUGGAUGGGUAUCAAGCAGUUGAGAGUCCUUGGAGACUCCGAGUUGGUAGUGAAGCAAGUCCGGGGCCAAUCCGCAGCGAAGCAUGUCCGAAUGCGUUCCUAUCAACACAGGCUAUGGGACCUAAUAGAAAUCUUUGAAGAUUCUAACAUUCAAGGGAUCCCCAGAAGGCAAAAUGUAGUGUUUGACCGAUUGUCUACAGUAGUGUCUCAAUUUGAUCCUGCUUCUGACUUGCUAGAAAAUAAGCACUCUGUUCAAGUCAUCGUGAGGCCAGUAGUUCCAGACAAUGAUUAG